GGUUACUUCAAACCGAGGCGGUGGAGGGAGGUGGACGUCACUCAGCUGGUCUCUCUCACAGUCUUUCUUUAAUAUAACCUCAAUGUGGCGUCUGUUGGGCAUUUACGAGAUCCCUACCUACUUCUACUAAACCUUGAGUUACUUUAGAGUCUUAUUGUGACUUAGUUAUUGUAGUAGUUAUUAAGGGAAAAUAUAAAAUCAUGUCUACUCAAAUUUACGAGGAUCAAGAAAAUCAAAUUCCAUCCCAACGAAGUGAAGAUGAUCCAAGGGUUAAUAUAGCCAUUAAUAACAGUCUACAGGCUACUAGGAGACCAGUGUUGGGUGCUAUCAACACUAAUCUACAACAACAACCAACUAGAGCAGCCAAACAGGGCAUCAGCUAUGAAACAGGAGUGCCACAACAAGGUGAAGAGAAUGCAUCCAGUACCAGCCACAAAUCUUUUUCAUCCACCUUCCCAUCCUUCACAAUCCAUCAAGAUGUUUCAUCAUGUGUAUCCGUGGGAUCCUCCUCAUCCACCAGCACCCAGAUGAGCUCGACAACCAAUUCUUCAGUACCUUUACCUUUACGAGAGAGGUUAAGCAAACCACAAGACAGAAAUUGUGAAAGUUCCCCCGAUCUUGAUCCUUCUAUAACAGCGUUACAAAAAUCUUCCGAUAUAGAAAGUUCAGCGUCGACAGAUCCCAUGGAAAUGAGCGUGUGCGAAGACGAUCUCAUGGUAGUGGAAACGACUCCGAGAGAAGACGUCCUCCAGAGUAGAAAUGACGACAUAUAUGACGUUCCGGAAUAUGCAGCGGACAUUUAUCAAUACCUUAGAGAAGCAGAGGUGUGUCACAAGCCCCGCGCCAACUACAUGUCGAAGCAGUCCGAUAUAACGUCCAGCAUGAGAUGGAUCCUCGUCGACUGGUUGGUGGAGGUGGCGGAGGAAUACAGCCUACACACGGAAACCUUGUACUUAGCCGUCUCUUACAUAGACCGUUUUCUCUCCCAUAUGUCCGUGAAGAGAGACAAGCUACAGCUCGUUGGUACCACUGCCAUGUUUAUUGCCGCGAAAUACGAAGAGAUCUACCCGCCCGACGUGGGUCAGUUUGCCUACAUCACCGACAACACGUACAAAGUGGGUCAGAUCCUACGCAUGGAACAUCUCAUCCUAAAAGUAUUAAGCUUCGACAUGGCGGUACCGACGGCACAUUUAUUCGUCAACAAAUUCUCCCGGAUGUGCAAGAACUCCGAGGAAACGUUGAAUUUAGCGCUAUUCUUGGCAGAGGUGACAAUGCUAGACUGUGAUCCAUUCCUAAGGUUUCUACCCUCUAUGAUAGCUGCAUCUGCGGUUGCUUUGGCCAAUCACACGCAGGGUCGAGUCGCUUGGCCGAGUCAUAUGGUGGAAUCGACGGGAUACGCCCUGGAGGACCUGAGGGAGUGCUACGUUAAUUUGUAUCGUGCCUUCUCUCGAGUCCAUGAGCCCCAGCAACAUGCGAUCAGAGACAAGUACAAAAGUUCAAAAUGGCACGGCGUAUCACAGCUGAGUCCCCGACAGAACUUUCCCUGGUGAUAAGUGUGCGUGAAGAAUGCUGCUAAACGUGUGCUCAGGUGUUUGGUUUGUAAAUUUUGUGUGGCUGUUUCUCCUAUGUUUGAGUGUAGUUUUAGCAGAGUUGGUGCAUAUGACAAAACUCUUAAACCCUAUGAGUGAGGUAACUUGUAAGUUAGUACAAGCGAGUGUGUCCGGUGCCCCUGCUCUCUCGAGGCCUGGACCGACACUAAGACGUAUACACAGGCUGGUCUUCCAAGUUGUAUUUUUUAUGCAGUACAGGAUGUCUUAUCAGAUUUUUUUAUUUCUUUUAAAAUGUGUGUAUUUUACCCUAAAACAUUUAUUGAAUGCAAGAAAUCACUAACUUUAAGAAGACCUAUUGUGUAGAUGACUAUUUUUUAUCACUAGAGUUGAAAGACUUUUGGUUUAUCCGCUGCAUGUUAUUUAGAGGUUUGUCAUUGUGUGAACUUCAGUAUUUUGUACGCAUCGGGUCAACCAUCUAUGGGGCUGAGUCGUCUACGGGGCGAGCCAUCUAGGUGGGUGAACACUUUGCUACAGUGAGACAUAUCAAGUGUUCAGAAGACAUGUACAAAUGUCUGUAAAUAUGUAAUCUAGAAUCUUUGAGGAAAUGUCUAAUUCCUCCGAGAAUUUUUUAGCAGGAAUGACUUGUUCCAUUACCUUGAACAUCUCUUCGACUCCCUAUCCUUAAAUUUAAUUGUCAAUAAGUUCAACCAUUGUCCAUUCCAAAGACUUCAUCAUUAUGGAAUAAAAACACUUUUCUGAA